UUGUGUCAUCCCAAUUGCCGGGACAUUGACGUGGCAUGUGCAACGAGAUAUUCUUUUCAUUGACCGCCAUUUUGACUUGUUAUUUGUUACAGAUUGGAUCCAUAUAAAGAAUAAAGAUGGGGAAUGUAUUUGCAGCCCUCUUUAGCAAGAUUUUGGGAAAGAAAGAGAUGAGAAUAUUAAUGGUGGGUCUAGAUGCUGCAGGAAAAACAACUAUUUUAUAUAAACUUAAAUUGGGAGAAAUAGUAACAACUAUUCCAACUAUAGGAUUUAAUGUAGAAACUGUAGAAUAUAAGAACAUUAGUUUUACUGUAUGGGAUGUCGGAGGACAAGACAAAAUCCGACCUUUAUGGAGACAUUAUUUCCAGAAUACACAAGGUUUAAUAUUUGUGGUAGAUAGUAAUGAUAGAGAGAGAGUAGGAGAAGCUAAAGAUGAAUUACUUAGAAUGUUAAGUGAGGAUGAAUUGAGGGACGCAGUAUUGUUAAUUUUUGCAAAUAAACAGGAUUUGCCUAAUGCAAUGAAUGCAGCCGAAAUAACUGAUAAACUGGGCUUACAUCAAUUAAGAAAUCGUACUUGGUAUAUACAGUCAACAUGUGCUACUAGUGGCGAUGGAUUAUAUGAAGGACUUGAUUGGCUCUCUAAUCAAUUAAAAAAGAAAUAAAGUCACUCCAUUUAUAGACAAUUAUUAUCAAUUGUUAAAAAUUCUCAAAACAAAUCCAUCUACUAGGGUUGACUAAGUAAAAUAAGAAAAAAACAUGUUUGCUUAUUUGGGGACAUUUUACCGAUUUAUGUGUCAUACAGCUUAAAAGACUAUCCCAGUCAGCUUUUGUGGCAUUUGAAUUGACGUUAAAUCGGCAAAACUAUGUCAUGAACAUGAAAAACAUUUCCUCAAGUCCUACAUGUUGUUAUGACUAAGAAUAUAUGUAUAUUAUAGACGUUCCCAAAUCGCAAAACAAAAAGAAAGAAAAUUGUACAUUCUGAUAUAAAAUUAUUAAUUGUAUAAAUAUGAAUAUUUGUGUUGUUGACAUGUUUAUUUCACAUUAAUCUGUUCUAGAAAAGAAUUUUUUGUAUAUCAAUUGAACUUAUAUAGUUACUGGCACGGCAUCUUGUCUAAUGUUUUUAAAGUUUAUUUAUAUCAUUCGGAUUGAAUGAUGUUGAGGUAGGGGGCAUCACUAUGGGGAAGGAUUGGGGGUGGGGGGAGUCGGAGACUGUGAUGGAAACGAAAGUGUCAUCCAUGUUUUAUAAGUUGAAUGUCUAAGAUCAUUAUUUUAUCAAAUGACUAGAAUGUUGUUACAAUAAUACAAGUGUCUAUAAACUACAUUAAUUAUACUAUAAGCUUUUGUUGUGAACGUUUCUCAACUCUUUCUAUACAGUGUUAGAAAUAGGUAUAUUCGGUAAUAUUGUGACAAUGUGCGAGUGAUUUGGUAAAAUUGUAAUUUUGUGUGUGAAAUGAAAUGCUGGGUGUAUAUAUUAUUUUCCUCUCUUUUGUUGUAGCUUUGUAAUUUCUCAAUGUUCAAAUUUCCUCUGUAUAAUUUCUUAUAUUGAAGCAAGCAAAAAAAAGGCCGUCUUGAGUCGUGAAUGGCACAUGGAUGCAUAUUUAUGUAUGUAAGCUUUAUAGUCGUUACUGUUUAUCAUUUCAAUUCUGUGAAAACAAUACAUUUUAUCAUCCUUCAUUUAAAAACAAAUAUACAGAACUAUUAUAUUGUGAUAUUUUGGGGAGUUAAAUAGAACGUUGAUGAAAGACGACAAACUUUGCAUCAUAUACUUUUUUUUACGUACACAAAUUUUAGUAAUUUAUGUGUGUAAAGACCAGUACAUAAAGGUUUAUUGAAUGGCUGUUUUAAAGGGAAAAAAAAAUCUGUAAUUUAAUUUGAGCUGUUGUGUAUAUUAUUAUUUGGCAGUAUUUGUAAGGUAAUAUAAUUUCUGUGUUUAGCAAAAUGAAUCAUAUUUAAAUAAAACUUCUAAUUAUUUCUAAUAAUCUGUGAGUACUAUUACGGUGUACAUGGAUUAUUAUAUAUUUAACGGAAAGAGAGAAUGGUGUCUGCACGGAACAAAGUAAUAAAUUAAGUAGGUUAACUCCCAUAUAUGGUCAUUUUAUGUAAUAAAGGAAAUAAAUUAAAAGCUA